AGGAGGGAGGGAGAGAGACACGGGAACAUCCUCCUGAGUCAGCGCCACGACGCGCACACGGCACGCCGCCUCUCUGCGCCGAUACCAGGCAUCCUCUGCUCUUCUGCUCAAGAUGGCGGUGCGGGCAGCGGAGAAGGACGCAAUGGUGUUGAAGAACGUGGAGGAUGAACACCUGAACGACUCGCUGGGGAAUCCCGGCCUCAUCUCACCUGACAAGGGGGACAGAUCUCGUCUUCUGACGGUCCCGUUCAGCGGGCGCAUCCGGGGCGGCAUGCGGCCCGGGAAGAAGAUCAUGGUGAUGGGCAUCGUCGAACUGGAGCCAGACAGCUUUGAUGUGAGCCUGACCUGCGGCCGAGACUCGGAGAAGGACGGGGCUCCGCAUGACGUGGCCCUGAAACUCACCGCCCGCUUCGCCGACCGUCAGUUCCUGCGCAGCGCCCGCAUCUCCGGGAAGUGGACGGUGGAGGAGGCGUCCACGGACUACUUCCCCUUCAUCCCCGAUCAGCCUUUCAGGAUCGAGAUCCACUGCGAGCACCAGAGGUUCCGUAUCUUCGUGGACGGACACCAACUCUUUGACUUUUAUCACAAAGUGAAAUGUUUCUCCUCCAUCGACGCAGUGCAGAUACAAGGGGAUCUACACAUCACCAAGCUGGGUUAGCCCCGCCCCCCCUGCUGCGUGUCUGUGUGUGUGUGUGUGUGUGUGAGGCCAGGACUUGACCCCACACACACAAACACACACAGACACGCACACAUGUGUGUGCGCCUGAUACGUCAUCAUCCAUAACCCAUCAUGCAACACUGCAGCAGAAUAACAACAAGUUAAGAGUUAGUUAUUCCCUCCUUCUUUUCUAUUGAAGAUGCUUUUUGGAGAACGAAUGUGUUUUGUCCUUGUAGCCGAGGUUCUGGUCCAAUCAGGGAUCUCACAGCUUAUUAACAGCACAUUCAUGUUCAUGCUUGGGUGGAGCAGGUGUGGUGCUACGAAGGAUGGAGGAAUAACCGGUUACUCAGGAACAAAUACCAGACUCUGAGCAGCUACCAAACGUAUUACUUCCUUCUCUCUAGAAACUUGUAUUGAAUCAACUGGAAAAUGCAUGUUGAUCAAGCUAAAAGAAAGUCAGUGUUCAUAGUUUGUGAAAAUCCUGCACGAUUCUACAUCAUCAGACCUCAAAGCACCCAAAGUCGCAGGUUGUUCAGAUUAGCUGCAUUUAUAAUUGCAGUUUUCCUCUAAAACCCAGAUAUCCUGCUCAAUACAAUGCGGUAUUACGUCUUUUCUCUGCUGAUGCGUCUCACAGCUCCGCGGGCGGUCACCCUGCCCCCCUGCUGCUCAUCCCAGUUGUCAUGGCAACACGGCGCAGUCUCACCGACCCAAAUCCUCCCAAAAAUGAGGAUUAUAACAUGACGCGAUGUCGUAGCGUACUGCGCGUCGGUAGCAUUAGUGAUCUGUUCUCCUGUAAACAGGAAGUAGAAUUCUGUGGCUUUUACUCUGAAGGACAAAGAUGAGAGCGCAGAGAGCUCUGAAUCAAACAUUAAACCAAUAUGCAACUGAUUUUCAUCCAAAAUAAGAAGCCGUUUAGGUGAGCGCGUGCAGGUGUUCAGGUCCUGGUGGUCUACUGAAUGUAAAGUAUUCACGUUUCUAUAGUAGCAUAGAAGAUAUAGUGAUGCAAAGAAUGAUUACUUCCUGUCUGUUUUUGGUGUCAUGGCCGGUGCUGUUUAUAGUCCCUUUCACGGUGAAGUGUUUCCAGUGUUAUGACGCUGUGGCGUCCUCGUUUCAUGCCGCCAGCAGGUUUUCUCACAAGCAGAACUUUGAACAAAUGCAGUUUGCUGCAAAGCAAAAGUCACCGUAUUAGAGGCUUAAUGUCUCUGUUUACAUCUCUUAAAAGUAUCUUCCUUCACACACCCAGUAGAACCAGGUUAGAGGGUCAUAGAAUAGGGUUCAUAAAGGUGUAUUAUGAGUAAUACGCUUUUAUAGAUGACUUAUACACCACUGAUGAGAGCAAAGCCUUCUGUGUUUAUUUUAUAUUUGCCAUGAAUUCAGUGAAUGCAGUUGAAAAAUUCUUUUGACGUGUUUUAAAGCGGUCUCCCCUUUCAUCAUAAGUGAUCGACGAGGUGCUGCAUGAAGAAACUAUAAAAGCUAUAAAGACAAAACUAAAGUGGAUUUCUCCAACCUGGCAACCGCAGCUCCUUUUAAUGGCCUCUAAUCAUAUGAUCCAUAAAACCCCAGCGAAACGUUUAUUAACCACAGAAAAAAGUCAUUAUUUGCAACUUCCUGGAAGGGUUGUAGAGGUCAAAGGUCAUAUCAAACGUUUUAAGUCUUCCAGAGCUUCCAUGCAGGUUCUCACACUUCACACUUCGAUGUGAUCCACCUCCCUGCUGCUGGGGACUUGGAGUAAGGCACGACGUCCGUGCGCUUACACACACACACACACACACACACACACACACACGUGCACUGAGGUGUCCGGGGCUCGGCCCCCCGGCUGCUCGUGUGAAGUGAGGCCGGUUUGUUGGCAGUGAGCCGGUGUGACGAGCUACUACAAGCCGAGAGGAAGUAAAAGAGCUCUUUCUGCUCACUGGUGACUGUUGGUGAAGUUCUAUGUAAUAAUGUUAAUAUUCAGCGUAUAACACAGUACGGUCAUAAAUGUGUUUCAUGGAUGUGUUGCAGAUUAGUUUUUCUGAUUAAUAUUAUUUUAUUAUAGAAUAAAUGUUUUGGGUCAUUUUUAAUUGACUCCAGCUUCUUUCAUGUAAAUAUUCUCUUCAGUCAGUGGUCUUUAGUAGCUGGAUGUGGUACUGUCGCACUUUAAAGAAAGUAAAAACCACACGUUGGGUUCGUGUUGCAGUGAAAUCCAACGAUGCUGCUGAGCCACAAGAUGAUUCUCGCCUCGAAACUCUUCUUCUAAUUGUCAUUGAACCCUUUAAAAGUGCAACUGAAUGUCAUCCUGAUUGUAAUCUGAUUAGAAACACUGUUCAUGUGUGAACAUAUGAACCCCCCCCCCCCCCCGUAAAGACGAGGCCCGUCUGUGUGCUGACCUGCUGCAGCCAGCUGCUGGUAACUAAACGUUACCACGUUAUCCCAGUAGAGCAUGACCUUUGGAUUUUCUUUUAUUCCUCGUGUGUUUUCAGGGGCAGACUUUUACUUCUACCCGUUUGCCUUUUUUUAAUAACCUUGUAUUUAUAAAGAUUCCAGUUUUCAAAAUAAACAUCUUUAAACCCUCCCAACAAGUAUCUAAGUAUCUCACUGAGGUCCUAAAAAGUGCUAAAAACCCACAUGACAGGUUGUGUGGGUGUGACAUGAUGUUGUCAUCUCUGUGUAAUAACCAGCAGGUGUGUGUGUGUGUGUGUGUGUGUGUGUGGUAACCUCACACCUUCUGUAUUUGGUAUGAAGGCAUCUUUAAAAAGGCUUUUUUUCUCUUUACAGGUCAAAUGUUACAUUUUGAACAAAGAUUCCUUUCUUUUGAUGGUAAAAGGUUUUUGUACCUUGUCUUUGAUCUUCUGUCACCGAUCAUCACACAGCUGAACACGUGUGUGUUCAGAGAUCACGUGACGAUGACGAUGGUCACCGGACCGGCGUUCAUUAAAGACCUCUCCAAAUGUUAUGUUUCUUUCCUUGUGCUUUUGUAUAAAUCAAAAAAAUAAACGGCUUCUCUGCAAAACAAUAAACUUUUGAUUUGGGAAUGUUCUCUUACUUCA